AGAGCGUGGGCUUGGGAAGCCACGGGGGCUCUUUUGUGUGCGGUAGCCCUAGUGGCCGGAGUGACCUGCUCCGGUGACCCCGACUCUCAGUCCUGUGGCGAGGCGUCUGCCCUGCUGCAUCUCUGCUGGGGACAAGUGUGGUGGCAGCUGACCUGAGGACUGACCUGGGGGACGGCGCUUGGACUGGAAUGUUGGCUUAAGUUCUUAGAGGUGUCUUCCGUCCCCUGGGUGUUGGUCGUUGGUCGCUGGCCGGGAAGGGUGCGUGAAGAUUCAUGAGCUGCGAGUCACCAUGAGCUCUGGGUCUCCAUCCUUCCUGGUCUGGGAUUGUUUCGGUUGAUUGGUCGGUUUUUAAAAUCCCAGAGUGGAGGGAACAUGAGCCAGUUGCAGAGCUUGCUGUUAGAUACCCUCGUGGGGACCAAGCACGUGGACAGUGCAGCCCUCAUCAAACUGCAGGAGCGGAGCCUGAGUGUUGCAACUCCAGGAUUUAAUGUUAUGCCAAGUGAUGUCCAAACACUUGUGAAUGGAUUUGCCAAAAACCCUUUGAAAACCCGAAGAGAAGGACUAUAUUUCAAGGAAAAGGACUACAAAUGUGUCCGGGCAGAUGACUAUUCUCUUUAUGCUAAGAGUGAGAAGACUGGUGUUGUUGUUGUGAAGACCCACCUGUAUCUUCUGGUGGCCACUUACACGGCAGGGAUGUACCCAAGCAUCUGUGUGGAAGCCACAGAGAAGCUGGGAGACUAUCUAAGAAAGAAAGGAAAUUAAGACAUCAGAAGAAUAUGAAAGACAAUUAUUGUAGAAGAAUUACCUUAUUUUGUAUUUGAAAAACAGGCAGAUAAUACAAAAAUAUAAGGUUGAGUUAAGAGAAAUUUUUCUUGUUUCCAGCUUUAUCACCUGUAAUUUGAAUUAAUGUAUCAGCUUUUUCCUGUGUCAGUCACUGGCAAGCCGUGUAAGAGCACUGAUAGUUUCCCAUACAAGUCUUUGGCAGUCUCACCUUCCGGAGGGUUAUCCCAGACACUUGUUAGAUAUCCUAAGAUACAAGGCUGUGGGCCCUCUAUCCAGACACUGUUUA